UCACUGCUGGAAAAUUUUAGAAGUCGGCAUCGAAAAAUCCUCAUCAAGGGGCGUAAAUAGGUCUGAACUUGGGACAAAAUGAUUAAGCUGUUUUCCCUUAAACAACAGAAGAAGGACGGAGAAGUCGGGGGACAGAAAACGGGGACCAAGAGAGCGUCGGCAGCACAACUCCGCAUUACCAAAGACAUUAAUGAGCUGCAGCUGCCGAAGACGUGUCAGACAGAGUUUCCUGACCCCGAUGACCUCCUCAACUUCAAGCUCAUUAUCAUGCCUGACGAGGGUUUCUACAAGGGUGGCAGAUUUGUGUUUAGCUUUAAGGUCGGGCAGGGCUACCCCCACGAACCCCCCAAGGUCAAAUGUGAGACCAUGGUUUACCACCCCAACAUCGAUCUAGAAGGAAACGUCUGCUUAAAUAUCCUGAGGGAAGACUGGAAACCCGUGCUGACGAUUAACUCUAUCAUCUACGGGCUGCAGUAUUUGUUCUUG